ACCGGCAGAAAUCCCCAAGCAAAACCCUCGUCUUCUCGUCUCCCCCUCCCUCGGCGGCGGCCGCCAUGGCGAACCAGAAUCCGUCGCCAUUCGUGCACAUCGACGCCCGCAGCGCGGCCGGCGCGCUGAGCCGCGGCCAGGACCCGCACGCACUGGAACGGGGCACCAGCGCCGUCCUCUACUACCUCUACACCUCCCUCCCCGACCUACCCGUCUCCGCCUCCGCCUGCCUAUCCGCCCUCCCGGCCUCCCCCUCCGCUGAUAGUACCGACCGCAUCAGCGCCCUCCCCGGCGCCGUCCUCCGCGAAAUCGUGUCCCGCCUCCCUGUCAAGGACGCGGCGCGCACCGCGGUGCUCUCCAAGCGCUGGCUCCCGAUCUGGCGCGGCACCCCGCUCGUCCUCGACGACACCAACCUCCGCCCGCGCGCCUUGGUGGGCCGGGCACCCACACGCGCCGACUCGCCGGCCCUCACCGCCGCCAUCACCCGCGUCCUCGCCGCGCACCCGGGGCCCUUCCGUGCGGUCUACCUCGUCCGCAGCUACAUGGACGCGCACCAGCAGCAGCUCGCGCACUGGCUCCGGCUGCUCGCCGCCAAGGGGGUGGAGGAGCUCGUCCUCGUCAACCGCCCGUGGCCCAUCGACAUGCCCCUCCCCGGUACGAUUCUCAACAUCGCCACCCUCACCCGCCUCUUCAUCGGCGUCUGGAAGUUCCCGGACACGACGGGCCUCCCGCGCCGCGGCUGUGGCGGCCGCGGCGCCUUAUUCCCCCACCUCCGCGAGCUCGUUGUCUGCUGCGUCUCUAUGGAGAACAGAGACAUGGACUUCCUCCUCACUGGGAGCCCCGUCCUGGAGACCCUUGGCAUACAAGGAUACAAGAAGGGGGCGCUGUGUCUCCGCCUUGUCGGCCAAUACCUCCAGUGCGUGCAGAUCUGCCUCUCUGUUGUGGAGACCAUCGCCGUGGUGGAAGCACCACUGCUUGAGCGCCUCAUCCUUUGGGAACCUCUCGAUGGCUCUUGCAUCAGGCUCAAGAUUGGCCAUGCCCCCAAGCUGCGCAUACUGGGAUACUUGGAGCCUGGGAUCUACACUCUGGAGAUGCGCAACACCGUCAUCAAUUCCAGGAAAGGGGUGAGCUCAAGCACCAUGGCCCCAAGCUUGAAGGUCUUGGCAUUAAGUGUGCGUUUUGGAGUCAGCAGUGACGCCAAGAUGUUUCCUGCCUUGCUCAGAUGCUUCCCCAAUGUUGACACGCUGCAUAUUGUGUCAGAGAAAACUGUUGAAGCUACUGGCAAGCUCAACCUCAAGUUCUGGCGGGAGAAUGGUCCCAUCGAGAGCAUUCAAUCCUGCAUCAAGGUGAUGACCUUCCGUGAAUUCCGAGGAGACCGAAGUGAGCUUGACUUCCUCAAGUUUUUCAUGAAGACUGCACGGGUGCUGGAGAAGGUGGAGAUUACAUCAGCUGUUGGAUGUUUCACUUCCAUUGAUCAGUUGCAGUCCAAGGUACUGGCUUUGGAUCCUGACAAUUGGGCCAGUGACGACUGUUCUCUGGCGGUUUACAUAGGUUCAGGAGAAGGUAGUGAUAUUUGGAACUUUCGAAGAGGACUCGACGUUUCAGUUGGUGAUCCUUUUGCACGCUACUGAAGUCAUGCAGUGGCCUAGAUUGUUCGCAUGUAUUUUGUGACGACUAGGCAGGGUGUGUUGAAUUGAUUCUAUUAGCAUGACUGGAUGUGAGUGCUUAAGCUACUAGUAUUACCAUCCACUUAAUUCACCAAUAGUUCUCAGGUACUUCAAGUCCUGUCUGGUUUAUGGAUGAACUACUGUCUCUGUGUCUCGGCAUAUCAUGUUUUACUUCUUCAGUUUGAUAUGACUAAAGGUAAUAAUGUUGCCAGA